AUGCAUCGUUCUAUAUCAUCAAAAUUUGUUACUGGUAAUCGCCGACGUAGAAAUCGGGUGUCAAGACUUAUCGACAAUAGACAAUUUCGGUUAGCACCAAUGUGGCCUGAAUGGAAUGAAACAGAUGUUAAUACGGAAUCAUGGGAUACAGGAACUGUAAAAAAGAAAGAUACAGCUUCUGUCCGAAGUCGUAUUGACAUAAAAAUAAACGCCUCAACAGGUACACAUGCUUUUGAAGAUCCUGAAGGUAAAAUCGAGCUUCCUCCAUCAUUGAAAAUAGAACAAUGGAAACGGCCCAGUGAAUUUUUGACAACUGAUAAGUCUCCGGUUGUCGUUGAUACUGAUCUUGGCAUUCAAAGUUUUGAUUUAGUUAAGCCAAAUCAACAUUUACAUCAUAGUGAAAUAAUGCGAAAAAUCAUCAGUGAAAUUACAGCUCUCUGGGAUAUUUGUCGAAAAGAACGUUACAAAAAUACUAAUAUAACAUCCGACAACACGAAUGAAUCUAAUAGAAGAAUUGAAAGAACAUGGCGUCCUUGGGAACACAUAUAUGCAUUGAAUAAAGUAUCUAAACAGCCAUUCAUUACUCCAUAUAAUCCUUCAGGCAAAUAUGUUGUUCGACUUUUCUUUCUGGGUGCCUGGCGUAAGAUUAUUAUUGAUGAUACUAUUCCAUUUGACUCUGAAAAUCGGUGUCUUCUACCACAGACAUCAUUGCCACAUGAACUUUGGCCAAUGCUUUUAUCGAAAGCUUUAUUAAAAAUAAUUUCUCUCGAUUUCAAUGCAUCGAAUGAUAUUCUUGAAUCCAGUGACGCUUCAGUAAUUCAUUCACUUACUGGUUGGGUACCAGAAUUUAUUCCUCUGAAAUAUACUCAUGCUGAAAAAAUAUGGAAUUUUCUUCGCUAUGAUCGUUCUAAUCAAUAUGUUUCUGGUAACGCGAGUGAAGUUAAUAAGAACAUGUCAUCUUUUGGGCCUGUACCAUUAUUUAAAUGGCCUGAUUUAAAAGUUCAUCUACCUGGAGAACGAGUAUUGAUAAAUAAUUCAUCAGAUCAUUCACAUGGUAAAAAACUCAAUAGAACAGAAUCGUCCAAUCAUUUGCAUAUUCCGAAAGAUUCAUUAGUAGCGAAAACGCCCAGUCACAAAGAAAAUCGAUCAAAUGCUAGUUCAAAUGUCAGCAUUUCUAGAGAGGCAAAACGAUUAAGUGUAUGUGGUCGUGGAACUACCAUGGAUGAUUCUGGACUUUCUUUUGAUGAUCUCAUGAUUCCUGAAGCACCAAAAUUGAUUGUUUUCGGAACUACAUUACAUUCACAACCAACACUUAUGAGUUCGCAUAGAGAAACAGCUGAUAGACGUGAACGAUUACGACGUUAUAAUUUAAAUGAUACGUUUUCAACAUCAAUGUUACUCACAUCUAUUCGAGAUAUUCCAUUAGAACCGCCUUCAUCACUAGAGUAUGUACCUUCUUGGAAAUUGAUUCGACCAAAAAAACCGAAAGUAUUACCUCACGCUGAACCCAUUGUUCCGCAUGAAUCGAAACCUGAACGUUGGAUUGAAAUUACUUCGCCCUACAUAAAUUAUCCAACAGCAACUGCACUUAAUAUAAAACCAACUAUUCGAUCGCAUUCGAUCCUCCAUCAUAUCGGUACUCUAAAUAUAUCUUCACACUUAAAUCGAUCUGUCAAGCAUUUUACGGUACCUGAUCAUUCAAAUAUUAUUGAAAUAGACGAAGAGGAAGAUAUUGAAAAUGGAAAGUUAAAGCUCGUAUCGAACAUUGAACUUGUUCAAAAUAAUAGAAAUUUAAGUUUUUCAUUGGCAAAACAAGAUUCAACUGCAAAUAUUAUUCACGAGAAUCCCGAUGGAUCUCUGCGUAGUUCAGAAAGCAAAUCUAAAAUUGAAAUUCCAAUCGAUCGAAUGAAAACUCCUCAAAAAUCUGCUGUUAUUGGUACAAAAAUAUCGUCUGAUACUGUAUCAAUGAAAACUAAAGGUGGUGAAAGUGAUCAACUUACAUCAAGAAUCGAUGCACCAACAAUAGGAAAUAACGUUGAACAACAAAGUGUUCGACUACCUAGCCGAAAAUCAAAAAAAACAACGCAUAUGACACCAAAAAUAUGGAUGGAUUUCGAUGAUUUUUGUGCUUGUUUUACUUCAAUUAUCGUUUUUCAUAAUCCUCACGGUUAUCGACAUAGAGAUAAAUAUACGGAACUAAAAUUUGUUCCAUAUCAACAUCCUGUAGGUUCUGUUGUAAAAGAAAAGAAAAAAGAGCCUAAUCAGUCGAUUGUUCAGCAAAUACCAAAUUUACAAGACGAUAGAUCUUCACUAUAUGUAUUUGUUGAUAGUACACGCGAAACACAAAAUAAAAAUAUUGAGUUAAUUGUUAGCUUAACAAGUUUAUCACGAUGGUACGAUGCUACAUUACAUGAAAAUAUUGUAUUAAAUGAAAAAAUUGCCCGGGGUACAACUGCUACGACUGAAAAAGUUUCCAUUGAUGCAAGUUUGGCUAAAAGAACAGUAUCACAAAAAGAAAUCAUACCACAGGUCGGGUCACUUAUAGCGGAAAUUCACUCAUGGAAAUCAGUCACUAUGGGACAACCUAUUCUUCGUCUUCAUACAACAGCAACGAAAGCUGCUCUCUUGACAGUACCACCCGGUCGUCAUGUAAUAAAACUCAUGAAUACAAGUCCAUUAGCAUUUAAUUUACAACUACUAUCGGAUACGAAUGAUUUCAUGCUUGUGGAUGAAGAUCAACUAUUAAAUAAGAUUACUUCUGUACCUGAAGACACCAACUUCAUACUACGUGCCGAAGAAUUGUUUCUAGCCUUAGAUGAUUCUAUAGAAAAUUUUCAUUUGGUCGAUCAAAAAGAAAAUAAACUAUAUAAUCUUUUUUCUUCAUAUUGUGAACAAGCACCAAAAUCAAUUGAUCUUAGUAUUCAAACAUGCUUUACUGUAUUUAACCAAGCAUUGUAUUCUACAUUACGAUCAACGAUUGCUGUAUCUGGACCAGGAAUUAAUGUAGAUACACAAUUUGCUUGGAGAUGUUUUACUAAUGAUCUUUCGACACCAGAUAUUUUAACUGCUUAUGACGUAAAACGUUCAAUUGUUAGAAGUCCAAGUCGUCAUUCAGCUCGAAUCAUUGGAAGUUCUUCUGUACCUACAGGAACAAAUAUUACAAAUAAAAAAACUGUCGGAAGUAGAGACAAGAGUUCUGACGAUAAAACUACUCUAAAGCAACAACCACCAUCGACAGCAGAUAGACAAGAAGAAUCUUCAUCGAGUCUAUUAACACAAGAAUUAAGUGAACAUGAGAUGAUAUCUAUAGUGAAUAUUCAAAAAAGUAUUCGAGGAUUUUUACAACGUCGUAUUGCACUUGCUCGUAUGCCUGGUACUGAAAAAAAUUUGCGUAUUCAACAAAUAUUACAAUCGAGCAUGUCUUCACUUAAAGCUGAUCAAAAGAAAUCCAGUUUACUUCUAUUUAGAACUUUCCUAUCAAUGAAACCCGAAUUAGUUCAAUGUUUUUCAUUUCGUCACGAUGAUUGGAAUAUGAUCACGUAUCGAGAUUAUAAUGGAAUAUAUCAAGAACAACCAGCCAACCAUUGGUUUGUUUUAUUACGUCAAAUUUUUCAUUUCAAUGAAGAUAGUUUAAUUGCUGCUAAAUUUCUUUCACAUUUACCAAACACACUUUUACGUGUAAUUAAUAAUGAUACAUAUGAUGAAAUGCCAUUAGUAUUCAAUAAAUUACGACCAGGAGUAUUUACUAAAAAUAAAAAUGGCUAUACAUUUUUUGCUGAAGGAAUAUCACUGGAGCAAGCAAUACUAAGUGAUCGUUUUCGUCUUCGUCUCAUCUCAUCAUAUACAGUUUUACCUGACACGAAUACUGAUCAAAUAAAAUCAUUAUUUACUACUAAAGAACUUAUUGACUAUUACGUUCCCAAUAGAGAACAAGUAUUAUGCAGAUAUCGUGUUAAUAUUACUGAUAAUAUUAAUCAAACUGGUUUAAAUUUUCAUUUGGCAAGCGUUCAAUUUACUGCAUCGAAAUCUGAUGUACUAAUGCGAUUAACGGUCUUAGAUAAUAAUGAAGAAAUUGUCAGUGUUGAAGGAAAAGGAUGUCUUGUGUUACCUGCAAUACUUUUUAUGCGCACAAUAACAAAAGCAGUACCAUCACAAUCAUCAUCAAGACCACCAUCGAAAUUACCAACAGGAACGCGCAAUAAAAAAGAUGUAAAUAACACCUAUCAAGACAAAGAUGGAACUACAAAUGGCAUGAGAAGGAAAUCAAAUAGUCAAGUUGGAUUACCAAUAGCUGAUGAAGAAGAUAAAAAUCAUAAAUAUAUUAUACAAGUCACAGUUCUUCGUAAAUCAUGGCCUCUAACAGAAGAUCAAUGGCGAUUCGUUGAGCAACUUGAAGAACAAGAAAAAAAUGAAAUGAAAGUUUUUAAUCGACAAUCAUCGCCGAUCAAAAUCGAUCGAUCAGUUAGCACUUCACCAAGUAAAAGACGAACAGGGCAAACAAAUUCUAACGUAGCAACAACAACAACAACAACAACAACAACAACAGCAACCAAUAAAGCAAAAACGAGUACUGGUGCAAGUGGAAGAGGUAUAACGUCACCAUCAAGUCGUGCUAAAUCAUCAAAAGAAAAUAUAGAAAAAACAAUUGACAGAACUAAACCUCAUUGGAUUCUACGAAUUAUAUCCGAUGCAGAUAAAGCUGACGAAUUAAUAAUAAGAAAAGAUACUGAACGCAAGGAAAAAUUGAUGAAUAUGAAAAGAGCAUGGGAAACACUUCAAGCUGGCCGUGCUGAAAACGCUAUGGAGAGCAGACAAAGAUUUCUUGAUUCUUUACAAACAAAAACUGAUGAAGUUUCAUCAUCUGAAAUAACUGAUGAUACAACAAUUGUUUCAGAAAUUCACACUGAUGAAGAAACAAAUUGUAUUAUCACUUCGUCAACUAACGAGUCACAACAAGUUAUCAAACAAACGUCACCAACAAAGAAAAAUGUUUCAUCAACAAAAAAAGGAUCUGCGAAAGAUGAAAUUUCUAAACAAACAGAACUUGCAGAAUCAUUUACUUCGUCAGCAUCACAAGCCGACGAAUCGCUUCUAGAUGAACCACCACCAUCAAUCAAAUUUAAAGCUGCUUUACCGCCAUUAGAUUUAACACCUUUUCUCAAACAAAAAUUACUUUCAGAUGGAUCAAUUGUAAACUAUGAUUUGUUUGAAAAAGAAGAUCUACAAAUUCGUCAGAAUAAUUUUACUGAAUAUUCUAAACAUAUGGAUGAAAUUCGGCAAACUCGUCAAGUAGAUCAAAGUAAUCGAUAUAAAGAAAAGAUUCGUCAACUAGAAGAUUAUGUUGAUUUACAAGCUAAAACUGAUCAUAUUCGUCGUACUAUGAAUGAACCACGUGAAGCAUUUCGACAAAGAUUUCUUGAAAUUGAACGGAUACGCUUACAAGAACUAGCUGCUCGAGAACAACAAUUAAUCGACGAAGGAACAGCUCUAGUAGCAGCUACGGCCAAACCAGUGAAAAAGAAAAUCUUAACUGGAAAGAAGAAAAAUCAUUAA